AUGGAUUAUCAUUCUUUGGGAUUAGUACAGCCAAGUCCAAAGACUUGUCAUUUUCAACAUGAACCUACCACCAUGUAUCUAUCCAUCUUCAUUCUGAUCGGUUUACUGAUCUCAUAUAUUCCUCAACAUUAUCGAAUCAUCUCUUCAAAAUCGUCUCAUGGCAUCAGUCCUUGGUUUCUUCUACUAGGAUCGAUUAGUAGUGCAAGUAGUCUGGUCAACGUCGUCACACUGCAAUGGGGGGUCGUUCGAUGUUGUCGGUUUAUUUCUCCUGGAAUGUGUGCUGAAUCUAUGUUGGGUGUGAUGCAAGUUUUCUUGCAAUGGGCAUGUUUCAAUGUCGUUUUAAUUCUAUCACUUAUUUACUUUCCUCCAGAUCGGAAGUAUGUAAGGGUAGUCCCAGUGGAAUCCACCACACGUGAUGCUUCACCCUUUGAUCGAGUGACGCACUAUUCAUCUCAUUUCCUAUCUAGGUUCUUACUCAAGAGAAAGCUCAAUCCGUUCUCUUCAAACCAAUCCAAUAAACAUUUAUCAGCUCAAGCUCGUCGUGCAUCACUUCGACGAAGGACUUCUAGUUUCUCAUCUGUAGCAUCUGAUAUCAGUAGUAGUGAUUCAUCUUCAUUUGAUCCGUCCAACGUCUUACCACCUUCAGCUACUCGCUUCACGCCACUUACACUUUCGAAAGAAUACACCGUUUCCUUAAUCUUAGCUAUCAUCGUCUUCUUACACUUUCUUUCAUCUCUAUUCAUUACGUUUUGUCUUUUGCUUUCUUUACCGAAAGCGACGAUUGGCGAACCAUCAGGCACACCACCUACACAUGAUGGAGAACAUCCUACGAUCCGAUUGCUUCGGAUCUGGGCCACCUGUGCUGGACUGAUGAGUUUGAUCUUGGCUUGUUUUCAAUACCUUCCUCAAAUCCUUUCGACUUGGAAACUUAAAGUUGUAGGUAGUUUGAGUCUUUCGAUGAUGAUCAUCCAAACCCCUGGUAGUUUUAUUUUUGUUUAUUCUUUAGCUGUCAGACCUGGUGUGAAUUGGACCACUUGGAUUGUGUAUCUUGUGACGGGUACACUUCAAGGUGGAUUACUUGUUUUAUGUAUCGCAUGGAAAAUCAGACAAAAAUCAAUGGGUAUAGAUGAUUGGGGUAGACUGAUUCCAUCAUCACCAUCAUUUUCAUCUCACUCGAAUGAAUCAAGAUCUCAAAUCCUUCAUCGAUCAAGAAGUGAAUCAUCAUCCUCAUUCAGUCCCAACGAACGGCACCGAACCUAUCCAGAAUCCUCUUCGAUCCAUCCAGAACGUAGACCAUUGAUGAAUAGUAGUAAGCCUAGGAUUAGUGCUCAGGUUAAGGAUAGUUAUCGGAAACCAAGUAAUACAAGUCAUCGUGAUAGUCGAUCUACUUCAUCUUUACAUCGACCAAGUCCUCAUCAUCAUCAUCAUCAUCAUGGAUCGGCUCAUCUGAGUCAAGAUCGGAAUAGUUCUGCAAGUACUAAUGGGAAUGGGAGUGGUAGUGUUAAGGCUCAUCGAGUUCUCCAGGGUGGGAAUUCAUUGAAACCUUGA